GAAGAAUUCCUGCAAAUCAAGAAGAAGUUUUAGAGACUCUUUCUGAUAUCGAUAACUCACCUACAUAUGCUGAAGCUCUUCGCUCUUCAGCACAAAACACUCAAUUCCAAAUUUCUCAAUCUGGAGCUUCUCAAAUUCAAGAACAAGAAAAUGUUGAUUAUCUUCGAGAAAGACUUACAGAUGAAUUUUCAAACUAUGAAAAAAGAAUUAAAUCUCUCGAAGAAGACAACAAAUCUUAUAAAAAUUAUUUAAAUAUUUUAAUAAUUUUUAUUUUUAUUUUAUUUUUUUCUUUUGAAAUUUAUAUUUUUUAUACUCAUCAUUUAUAUGAUGAAAAUUAUCAACUUCAUAAAGAACAUGCUGAAGUUAAAAUUAGAAAACAACUUUGGAACAGUAAUGUAGAAAGAAUACAAAAAUUUGUAUUCAAUUACUUAGAAGAUCAAAAAAUUUUAUAA